AACCAGCUUUUUUCAGAUGACAUGGCCGCUGAGGGAUUUGACGGCGGAGCGGUGGCGGCAUGCAUAAUCCUGGGCCUGUCCUUUCUGAUUGGGACCCCGGGGAACCUGCUGGUGAUCUGGACCAUCCUGCGCCACGUCAAGCAGCGUUCGCACACAGUGGUGCUCAUCCUGCAUCUGGCUGCUGCCGACCUGCUGGUGCUCAUCACCUUGCCCUUGUGGAUCUACUCCAUGGCCCACUCCUGGGUUUUUGGGGAGGCCUCCUGCAAAGCCAUGGGGUUUGUGAUCAACGGCUGCAUGUAUAGCAGUGUUUUCCUCAUCACCCUGAUGAGCGUGGAGCGCUUUGUGGCAGUGUGCUAUCCCUUUGCCUCAGUAGGCUGGAAGAGAAAGAAAGCACUAAGUAAAAUACUGCUUGUCCUGUGGACUACGGCCUUCUUGUUCAGCGUGCCCACCCUUUUGACCCGUGUUGUUGAUAAGGAACAGGACUCUGGUGAAGAGCACUGUUUGUACAACCAGUACGACUCAGCCACCCAGGAGAUGGUGUGUUUGCUCCUGGAAACCCUGGUGGGCUAUGUGUUGCCAUUUUCUGUCCUGGUGGUGUGCUAUGGCUGCCUAUGCACCCGCAUCACUCAAAUGACCUUCAAGUCCAAACGCAAAUCUACAGUCCUCAUCGCCAGUGUCGUGGUUGUGUUUGCCUUUUGCUGGACACCUUAUCACAUAGCAAACAUACUUUCACUCGUUAUCCUCGCCAUGGACACGUCCUUCCCGCAUAUUGGCGAUCGUCUGGAGGAUGUGCGCACCGGCAUGGCUUUCGUCAGCGGCGCCAUGGUCUUCAUCGGCAGCACUGUGAACCCUGUCCUCUACAUGUUUGCCGCUCGGUCCUUCCGCAGCUCCUUGCGGGACACCGGCAUUCGUAAACUCUUCCGACACAUCUCCAGCACCUCUCCAGGGGAGGGCAACAGGGAAUUCUCCAUUGUGUCCAAGAGACAGAACAAUCAAACCAGCAGCUCUCAUUGUGGGUCAAAGGAGCAUGUGGACCUUUGUGAAAAUAACAUAACCUAGCGAAGUCAAAGGAUGGUGUACAGCAGGGUUUUUCAAUUGGCAGCCAGUGGGCCAAAUUUAGCCCCUGAAUGACAUCAGACCUUGGGAUUUUGUUAUGCUAAAGAACAGCAGAGCACUUUUAUCAUAUGCAGGACUUUUUUUUACCAGUAUCCUUUGCAGUAGACCUCUCCUGUUAUAUACAGGAGAGCAGGAGUGUGGCAAAGUGUGGCACAGUGAGCCUCCCCUAAGAGAACAUAAAAUGUCUAGGUCCAUAUUGAAGAUCUGACACAAGUUUUUUAGCAGCAGCUCCCUAAAAGCAGCAGAGCAUUUACUAACGUAAAGAUAUUGCCCUGUAUGUGACUGUACUUUAUAUAACUAUUUGUUUAUUGUGUCUGAAACUCCGAACAUGGAAGUACUCUUACCAAAAUAUUUGAAGCAGCUCUCAGUAUAAUGUAGUGUAGUGGUACACCACUGCAAACUACAACCACAAUAUUGUUCAAAUAAUAUCUCUCCGACAGUGUCAAUCAAAACGUUUAAGGACGGUGUAUGUGUGGUCAUGUACAGCAAAUAUACGUCAAUAUUUUUAAGUUUAUUUGUUUGAAAUAUAGCUACUUUUUAUCACAAUGCUAAUCAGUUGAACUUAAUGUUAUGUGUGAUCUACAUAAUGUGAGGUGUGUAAUUAGUAAUUAAGAGGGAAAAGACUUACAUAACAUAUUUAAGUGACAAUAAAAUUCUAUACCAAAUGCGUACUGUUUAGACUAGUUUAUUUAGUAUAGCCGUAUUGUGAAAUACAGUUCAAU